AGCACCCUACAGUUACGUCCCAGAGUUGUUGAUGAGAAACUUUUUUCUAUACAUUUGUUAAUAGUGAAAUGGAUUUUCCAGAUAAUCUGUAAUCCCAGGGUGUAUGAAACAAUCCUUUUCAAGAUGCAUAGAAUAUCACAUGUUGUGUCAACGCCAGCAGCAAGUUCAAGGGUGUUUGAUGAAGAGCACAGACACAGCCUCUCAAAACAUAUUUUUCCAAGUUAUGCCUGUGCCCUUCUGGACGAUGAGACUGCCGGCGAGCGUUGUUCCAUAAAUCCUUUGACAGGCUCCCCAUUCACAUACCGCCGGAGCCCUCGGCUGCUUUCUAACGGUUAUUACAUUUUGACAGAAGAUAGUUUUCUGUCUGAUGAAGAAGGCAAGGUAACACUGACACCAUCACAGACAAGUGUUACAUAUAAGGAAAAUUUAGUUCGCAUAUUCAGGCGGAGGAAGAAGAUCCGUCGCUCUCUUGCUAGCUUGUUCAAUCUCAGUGCCUCUAAUUCGUGGCUCGGCAGCGCUGUCCUCAGCAACAUGGAUUCUUCCCAUGGAGAUGAUUCUUGGCCUGAUGGAUGCAGUAAACCAGAAGUCAGUCAGAGUGAUAUUGGUGAUUCAGACUUUUCUUCUGAAUGCAAUGGCCCUGUAUCACAAAGGCAAGCUUCAGCUAAUGGAGCCUCUCUCACCAAAGACAAGGAGUUCAUUCAGCCCAGGAAACCAUUCCAUACUUCACCAUCGUGCCCCCAGUUUAUGAUAGAUGACAACGAAGAGCCUGUGAGCAGUGCAGAAUCCAGUACAGUGAGAAAUAUCCUCUCUCAAAUGGCUGUACUGAUCAUGUGUUUAAUCAUUUCAAUAUGUGCAAGGUAUUUUCUGGGAGGAUUGUCUGUGACUUUGCUGCUGAUAAUUGUGGUUUUUCUUCUGUCCCAAGAUACUGCUGUGUCAUCUUUCGUCAGUCUCGUCACAUCUUUCAAAACAACUACGUUUGGGAAAUAAUUGGAAAGAAAGAAUAAUUGGUAAGUAUGUGUUUAAGCUGAGAAAGCUGAAGAAUUCCAUACAUUCUGGUAAGGUGAGCUCUGUUAUGAAAUAGAAUUCAAGCAUGCCAAAAAGGUUCCUUGGAACUUUUCAUUUAAAGAGUUCAGCUAUGGGACCUUUGCCAGUUUCCACUUUGAAUUAUUCCACUUUGCUGUCUAUAACUCCUCUUUGAUUUCAUUUGGAUGAAAUAUUUUCUGUUGUUUGACAACGGUUGCUACAGAGUGUAAGCUGUUAAACAAUCACUGCACUUUAGCCCAGGGAAAGCAUGUUUUCCGUAACAGGCAAAGCAAGUCCUACUUUUCAAAGUUGAAACAGAAAAGUAGGGCCAGGUGCUGAGCUGCACUAAUUUGGUACCACUCCACUGAAUGAGUGAAGCAGCAUGAACAUAUAUCAAUCCAGAGUAUCUGGAAAACAUGUAUAGAUUCUUCUCUCUGCUAUUUUUUUUUCAGUCAAGACUCACCCUCAGUCUCCGGUCUCUGCUUAUCAAUAAUUUCUAAGCCUUGGAUCAGCUCAGGACCCUUAAAACAAGACCACUGAUUUCUUCGUACUGGAAUUGGCCAUCCCGUUCCUGGCUCCCAUAUUUCUUUUCUCUCUUUACUUUGAAAAGAUAAGAAAGAAAAAAAAAAUGGAGUCAUGCCCCGGUGUGUGUCCCUCAUAGCAUGGAUAAAACAGCUUUAUUCAUCAGUUCCCUGGAUGAGUACAGUUCAACAUCUGAGAUGUAAAGGGAGCUGCACAGCUGCAGAUGCAACCUGGAAACCCUUUGACUUAGUCCAUGAAGAGGAUGUUCAUCGUGAGAACAAAGGAUUUUGGAACUGUAUGCAGGCAUUUGAUCACUUUUCAGACUUACUAAAGACUAUCCAUCCAGUGUGCCAAACAGUGUGGCGCUAGAUGUGAUACUCCUUAAAGUCAGCGAGACUGUUUAUGUAAGGACAGCAGCACCACAGCUUUAAAGCUGACUUUGACUUGGAAAUCCCAUAUCAGUGUUAACCAGAGUAGGUACUACAGAGUGGAAUGCAGAACUCGGGACUGGUUGCCUAGCAGGAGCAAACUAAAAUACAGCCUGGCACAGGAUACUGUGAGACAGGACAGAGAUUGCGGGCAAGUAGACCCCAAGCACUUCAAAACAAGCUUGUCUCUUGCCUUUUGUGGAAACUUAAAGGAAGAGUAGUUACUUCUGUACAUUACAAUACCAGUUCACUAACAGUUUUCAUUUUUCCUCCUCCUCAAAUUUAUUUUCCUUAGCUCUUCACACUACUAGAUAGCUACUUAUGGCCACUGUUAUACACGUUCCUGGGGAAAAACGUAACAGAAUUGUCAGUGUUCUUCCUUCAAAAUACAAUUCGUUUUAGCUUUAUUCCUGCCAAAAUAUCGGUCAGAUCUGCAAGCAGUUAUGCUAAACAAUUGCUGUACCUCUAGUCCUCUAUGUGAAUGAGGUCCUAUGUAGGCGUGGGGUCCUACAAGCGCUUUAAUAGUAAAUUGAUGUUAAAAAUGUUUAGCAGUCUCUAUUAAUUCAUCUUUUGGUAAACAGCUGAUGUUUUCAAAUACUUUAUGUAUUAAUUUCUUGUAAUAACAUGCUACCAAAGGUAAUGGAUUGGGAUAAUGUUGGAGUACAUGUUAUAACAUAUUUUAAAAGUUUUACUGUAUCAUUUCUGUCAUUGCCUUUGGCCUAUGCUGAGCCUUUUGAAAAGGGAAAAAAGAGAGAAAGAAACAUAAGAAAAAGUAAAAGUUAAUGGUGUCAAAUUAGUGCCAGGCCAGAUUAUUAGAGACCAGAAAGGCACUCUUCAGAAAACCAGGAAAUACGAAGUGGAAAAGCAAUGGCAAACCAGAAUUAUCUGGAUUCAGGUUAAAAAGUAGAGAGAGAGAGAGAGAGAGAGAGAGAGAGAGAGACCUGCAGCUAUUUACUUUAGAAACACUGAGCCCUAUUUUUUAUCUUGGAUCUUUGCUACCACGGAGACAAAAUUAAACAUAAAUCCUGCGGGUAAUCAAAAACUGUUAUCUUGUGACGCCAAGCUCUUAUCAUCUGCUUCUUAAAAUAUCUCCUUAUAUGCCAUUUUAGCUAGGACAGCAUGGAUUUCAUCUUUCAAUGAAACAAAAUGAUGAUAAUGUGUGAGCACGCUAUUGCCUACCAAAUCGUUUUAUAACUAAUGCUACUUCUAUUAUGCUUGUCCCCUAUUGUGCUAAAAGCAAUGGUAGUACAGCCCCCGCUGGUAAAUCAGCUAUGAAAUACUGCCUGUGAAAGGGCCAGAUGCAGAUGGGAUACAAUCAGACCGGCAGGUAUAAUGACAGGGACUUCAAACCUCUGCAACAAAUGCAUACAAACUAAAGGUUUUCAUGGGAUAAAGAAUCUAGUAAAAUAAAAAAAAACAAAAACAAAAACACUGUCUGUCCAUGCCUAACCCAGGCUCACGCAGGUCUAGAUGUAUUUCUAGGACCAGAAAUCCAAAGAAGUGAGACAGCGAGGCAAAGGGUACUUUCAAUUAAUUUAAAAAGCAUAUUUCUCUUUCAGAGGGUAAAUAUAUGCUGGCUGCAUUUUGAAGAUAAGCAUCAAGAACUCAAGUGGGGGAAUUUAACCCAAGACACCAAUUUUGAAUGGUAGCUUACUUUUGCCCAGUGCAUUAAGUUGAUCUAAUAUAUGAAGACAGGCCUCCUGUUUAACAACCCCAUAUUUUAUAGUUUCAAUAAAUGGUGACAAUAACAUGUCCUUCAUCAUAAAACUUAUGCAUUAUGUAACUAUAAUAGUAGUUGUAAUACUCACCUUCAUGUUUACUUAUAGUUAAUACACUUGAGUAAUUUUGUCAGUAUUAAAUAUUUCUGCUUCUUUAUUUACUAACUGUAGAGUCCAAUGAAAGUAAGUAUCAUUGUGCGAUAUUUAUAAAUGCAUUGUGUUAUUGCCAGUUAUAAUAGGUCUUUUGCUAAAUGCACUUUUUAAACUAAAAGAGUAUAAAGAUCUUUAUUGUUAAAAUAAUUUCCUGGAAGAAUAAUUUGGACAUUGAAAACCCAUGAUGAGAGAAAAAUCUAAGACUACAAUUACAUUGCGGUCAUAGAAGUGAUUAUGAUAUAAAGCAGGAAAACCUCAGUUCACAGUAACUAAUUAGUGCCGGUACAGUGUCAAGUAAAGAGAAGGCUGAUUCAGCUAGCUAAAAUUUAAUCCAAAACAAAGUGCUGCAAUCUGUCUUUGAAAAAUAUAAGUUGGAAAUUAGAAGUGUUCCAAUCAGGAGAGGGGGACGUUCUGCAACAACUUUGCAGUUGGGAGUUCAAUGUGUGAAAAUACCUACCUGGCUUUAAGAUGCCAAGAUCUGUUAAGAUCUGCUCUUAAUUUAUAUUAGUAAUAUGUAAUUAAGGUUUAUUCAUGAAGAUAACAGAUUGGUUGGCUUUGACAGCUCCCUUUCAUAUAUUCCAAUGGACAUAAAAGCAAACCUUGUAUUGUUCCUCUAAAAAGAAGCACAAUAAUAUGUUAUGUUCAGUCCUGUUGGACGAAAAAUCGAAGCCAAAAUCUCUCUGAUGAAAAAUUAAAGGCAACAUUUUCUAACCUAAAUAUUUAAAUCUAGACUUUCAGAGGUAAUCAGUAUAUGCAGCUUCUGUUAACUGGAGAAUCAAGCCUAGGGUAAUUUUAAACAGUAAUUCUAGCAAAAUAAAACCAUUUGUUGAUUGUUGAUGAGCGGACACAUCUAGAAACGGAGAGAAUUUUUUUAUUUCGUUCCUCAAUGAUUGAACUCUGACUCAAUUUUAAUAUAGCACCUGAGUUUAAAAAAGAAUCAGAGAAAAAUUUCAAGAUAUAGAUCUAUAACCCCCUAUACACUAUCGCAUACCUUUCAUUACCAUUAUUUUUUAUCGUUACACCUUGUCUUACACGCUCCCAUUUCUUGCUGAGUUCAGCUGAAUUUCAGGGCCAUUCCUGAGUAUAUAUCAUUUAUUUCUUAAUAGUGUGAAUGUUCAUGUUCAAUGAACAGGAGCAAGCACAAUGUCUGAUAAUAUUUAUGGCAUCCUGUAACCUAUAAUAUUUCUAGUUUGUGAGCAAGUCUGUUUUGUAUUUAUCCUGAAACCAUUACACAUAGAAAAAUCAAACCGUACAGACUAAGAUUUACGUUUUGAGAUAAAUGGUAUGGAAUAAACAGUGCUGGCACAUAAAGUAUGUAUGACCAUUCAGCCCGGUUCUGUAGAAUCUACUCCUUGAUGUAUUUGUUUGUGAAUUAGCUGGAGUUUUUUGUAAAUAUCUUUAUUUACAGUUUGUUGUGCUGCUUUUUUCUUAUUAUCCCUGGCAUUUAGAUAGCAGCAAAGAUGUUGUUCUUUCUGCAUUUUAGUGUGUUGCCGAUAAUGAAGGCAAUUAUUAGGAAUCACGUAUAUUCCAAUACAUUUGUUAUUUGUCAGCUUAUGGCCUGACCUGUAGGUUGUAGGCUCCUUGGGACAGGAGUUAUUGGUACAUUAUUGGAACAGGGAAGCCUCAUUUUGCUUCAGUUACGGAGUUCUACCACUAUAGACUAUAAUAAAAGUAAUAAAAAUAAUUUAAUUUAAAAUUAAGAGAAAGACAUAGGUCCAGAUUCUGAGUGGGUGUGAAUCAGCUGUUUUUCACCAGCUAAGAGUCUGACCUGCAGCAUUUUAGCAACUAAGAUUCGUCCAUGCAUAUCAAGCACUAUGGAGCUUGAUCUUUCCUGAGAAUACCCUGAUGGAGUGAGCACAUAUUCAGAAUACUUCUGAUGCACUGUAAUAAUAAUGCUAUAAAGCUUAUUUUGUCAUGAAAUGGACUGAUGUUUUAUAUUGCACUGUUUUAUGCAUUUAACAAAUAAAC